AUACUCCAACGGUGAGAAUGUCGGAAGCACGGAAGCAAAACAAUGGCGGCAAAGCUAUUACUAAAUUCCAGGCUUGAGCCCCCACACCCCAUCCCUCAUAAAAUCAAAAUCCCACUCCUGUCUCUUCGCACAAAUCCCAUUACAUAAAUCAUCAUAAACCUAUAAAAACCUUUGAAUUUCUUCAUAACACACACAUAGGUAACACUUUUCUGGAGCCUCAUAAUCGCUUCCACAAAUUUCCCUUUUUCUUUAUUUUAGGGUUUUUUAAUCCCCCUAAUUCGAUAGGUACUCAGCGAUUAUCUCGAAAAAGAAAGGUGAUUUUUGCCAUUUUUAGGAAUGAGUGGUUUGGAAAAAGCAGCUAAACAAAAUAGGGAUUCUAGCAUCUCGCAAAACAAAUCAUCAUCUGGCGAUGAUGUAGUUCGAUUGAAGAGGAUGAUGGGCUCUCACCCGCGAGAGAUUAAUCUGUUUGAUAGAGGCGGUGGCAGAGGAGUCGGUGGUGGAGGAGGUGGUGGUGGUGGUGGGCCCAACAGCUGUAAUAGCGGCGGAGCUACCGAGGCGGUGGGCCAUGCGUACGGUGAUGAUGUCUCAUCAUCCUCUCGUCUUGGUGGUGAAAAUUUUGCUACUAGUGGUACUACUAAUUCGCAGUCUUUUGACAUUUUCGCUGCCGCUGCUUAUUCCGCUACGCCCUACAAAUCCCCAGAAGAGAUGGCUGCUGCUGCUGCCGCUGCGGCGUUCCCUUUCACAUUUGCUCAAUGGAAAGAGUUAGAAAGACAAGCAAUGAUUUACAAGUACAUGAUUUCGUCUGUGCCUGUCCCUCCCGACCUUCUCUUCCCACAUUCAAGAAAUUUCUCUGCUGCGCCUCUGGAUUAUCCCGCUUCAUUGUACAAUGCGAGAUAUUCGAGGAAUGGAGAUCCGGAACCGGGUAGAUGUAAGAGAACAGAUGGAAAGAAAUGGAGGUGUUCGAGAGAUGUGGCGCCCCACCAGAAAUACUGUGAGCGCCACCUGCACAGGGGCCGCCCCCGUUCAAGAAAGCCUGUGGAAGUUAAAAACAAUGCUGAAAAUCUCAAGAAAACGCGCACUGAGCAAAGCAAUGUUCCUUCUAGUACUACUGUUUCUGCUCAACAAUUUGCUGCGGGGAAUGAUAAGCCCCUUUUGCUUUUCAAUGCUAAAAACGAUCCCACCGUUUCUGAUGCACCCUCUUCUUACAAAGGACCUAAUAGGGAGUUGAGCUUGAUGAGGGAGGGAGAGAUGGUUGUGAUGGAUGGGACCGAUCAGCGAUGGCAGCAUUUGAUUGAUUCAAAUAUGGGAUUUGUUAAUGUGGGCUCUUCUUCUGUUUAUGGCUCUAGCUCCCUUUAUCAUCAAGAUUAUGUGGAGCAGCAGCCAUUGGAUGUGUUAUCUUAUUCGAAUUUCUCGGCCCCUGAAAUCGAUGCUCCAACUGGUUUCAUCGAUGCUUGGUCGAUCAACAAUCUCGACAGCAGCAACAGUGGGAAUGCUGAAUCAUCCGUGACAACGAAUCACGGGAACUUGUCCCCUUCCCUCAAUCUGUCAAUAGCCAUGGCUGCUGGCAACAUUGUAGAUCAAGAAAUGGGAAGCCUUGAGUGCUGCGAUGAGAGACAUCCGAGAUGGAUCAACCCUCUGUAUUGGGAGCCGUUUGCACGAGGAGGGCCUCUUGCUGAGGCUUUGCAGCCGGGAUCAGUCACCAUCUCCGGCUGCGACUCAAUCAGUGCCCCGGCUACUAAUGUCUCUUCCCCGACCGGGGUUCUCCAUAGGACGUUGUUCUCGCACUCUGACGGCAGUGUUUGCAGUAGCCCCGCGCCUGCAGCUCCGACAUCAGAAAUCGCAUUCCACCGGCUCAACUAGUCUCGGUUUCCUCUUACUUUUGCUGCUGGUAUCACUUGUUGAAGUUGAUUUCUGGAUGUUUGAAUGCUUUGCGUUACUGCAUUAUGAAAGAUUAGGAUAUCUUAACCUCAUUACUGAUUUCGAGUUAUAUGAAGAUGUUGAAUUUCAUAGA